AGUCCGCGCGCGCGGCCGGGAGGAGACGGGCUUCUUCGCGGGCGAGCGCGGGAGGAGAGGCGCCUGCGGCUCCCCCGGCUUCUCCCGCCUGGCUCCGGACUGACUCCGCUUCCCUGCGCCCUCAGCCGGGACAUCUCCCCGGGAGCCCCGAGAGACGGACAAGGUGCUGAAAGACGUCUCUCUGCCUGAGAUUCUGGGGAGCUACUGCUAGCCAGCAUAGACCAGGGAUGGGAACUUGUGGCCCUCAAAGCCUUGCCAGAUUCUGAACUCCAAGAAGCCCUCUGUGGCCAAUGGUCAGGGAGAAGGGAGUUGGACCAUAGAAAGGAUUCCUGGGACUACGCAAACCAGUAGUUUGAUUGGGAUCUUGCUGUAACCCACCCUGAAUUUUUUAUCACACUGGACACAUCACGUUAAGAGUCACUAACUAUGGCAGACAAUUUUAAAGGCUCUUUAAGGCUUCUGAGCUCCAUUGUGGUCCUUGGAUUUCAGCUUGUCAUUCCACAGCCCUCCAUCGAACACAGAAAGGUUCCACAGAGGAUAGGAGAGCAAAGUGCUGCCACGGAAGACGACAGCGCAGGAGCCCCGGGGGCAUGGGGCAGCUGGGGGCCCUGGUCGGCCUGCUCCCGAAGCUGCAGUGGCGGCGUGAUGGAGCAGACGAGGCCCUGCCUCCCAGGGUACUAUUACGAGAGGAGCCACCGCAGGCCUGGCCAGUUCCCGACCUCUGAAAGGACUCUUGCCCAGCAGCCUCCGCACCGACACGAAGACGUGCUCAGUCCCUUCUCUGGGCACAUCAUCUCUGCCAUCCGUACGUCGGUGCCUCUUCACCGGAACGAAGGUGGGCUGCGAGCAGGACUCCAGGCCAGAGCCUCCUCCGAAGGGCGCAAUGUCAGCCACUUGAGCAGGGGAGCCUUGAGAGGCCGCCGGCCCUCACAGUCCCAGAGGCGCAGCCCCAAAGCCGAAAGAAGAGGCAGAAAUAAAAGCCGCAUUGGACCUGGGAAGUAUGGCUAUGGAAAAGUGCCCUAUAUCCUACCUCUGCAGACUGACACGGGGCAGGAGCCCAACAAGCCACGCAGGCAGCGGCAGUCAACCCGGAAUACAGCCAGCCAGCAAUGGGCAGCAGCGGUUCAGAGCCCUUUUGCUCACCCUUUUAACCCUUCGCCUCGCCAUGGAAACUUAUACCAAGAGGACUCCAGGCCCCCACCCAGGACUCAGGUUUCAAGUGACUCUGUUUACCCCCAGGCUGGGCCCCACUUGCAGGCCUUUCCAGCAUCUCAGAGUUUGUUCCAUGGCACAGAGCUGGUCUCUCAUGUUCCUGUUGCUCACAGGGCAGUUCAAAGCCAAACUCCCACUCAGAGGACCUCGGCAAUCGUGUGCACUGGAGCCUAUAAGCAGCACAAACUCUGCAACACAAAUGCGUGUCCUGAGAACAGAAACAUCAGAGAGUUGCAGUGCUCCUCCUACAACAACAAGCCUUUUAUGGGAAGAUUCUAUGAGUGGGAACCUUUUGCGGAAGUUAAGGGCAGUCAGAAAUGCGAACUUAAUUGUCGAGCAGUAGGUUAUCGGUUCUACGUGAGACAAGCGGAGAAGGUCAUUGACGGGACGCCGUGUGACCAAAAUGCAACCUCCGUCUGCGUGUCUGGGCAGUGCAAGAGCAUUGGCUGUGAUGACUAUCUGGGCUCAGACAAAGUGGUCGACAAAUGUGGGAUAUGCGGAGGGGACAACACAGCUUGUCAAGUGGUCUCAGGGGUCUUCAAGCACACCCUGACCAACCUUGGCUACCACAAGAUAGUAGAAAUCCCAGAGGGGGCCACAAAAAUCAACAUUACAGAAAUGUCCAAGAGCAACAAUUACUUAGCACUGCGGAGUCGAUCAGGGCGGUCUAUUAUUAAUGGGAACUGGGCAAUUGAUCGACCUGGGCGAUAUGAGGGAGGAGGAACAAUGUUCACCUACAAACGCCCCAAUGAAAUCUCAAGUACUGCAGGGGAAUCCUUUCUAGCAGAUGGCCCAACAAAUGAAAUCUUGGAUGUCUAUAUGAUUCAUCAGCAGCCCAAUCCAGGUAUACAUUAUGAGUACAUCAUUCCAGGGCCCAAUGUCAUCAGCCCUCAGGUGCCUCUUCAUCGACGGCCAGGGGAGCCAUUCAAUGGCCAGUUGGAUGUGACAGAGACAGUGAAUUAUGAGGAGGAGGAUUUGCAUGGGGAGACAGGCACUCACAUGGGGCAGCCUGUGGGGACCUUUCCGGUGAUCCAGCCAGGAAGGUUUCCCUCUCAUCAGCCAGACAACCAGGUGCCUGCUGGUCAGCCAGCAAGACGCAGCCGAGAGCACAACUGGAAGCAAGUUGGAACGACCGAAUGCUCCGCCACGUGUGGAAAAGGCUCACAGUAUCCCAUCUUCCUCUGCGUCAACCGGAAUAGCCACGAGGAGGUGUCUGAAAGCUACUGUGACACCAGCACCAAGCCCACCCCGGAAGAGGAAGCCUGCAACACCUUCCCAUGCCCAGCCUUCUGGGAUAUCGGGGAGUGGUCGGAAUGCAGCAAGACCUGCGGCCUCGGGAUGCAGCACCGCCAAGUCCUGUGCCGGCAGAUCUAUGCCAACCGCACCCUGACAGUCCAGCCACACCGCUGCCACCAUCUGGAGAAACCAGAGACCACAAGUACGUGCCAGCUGAAGAUCUGCAGCGAAUGGCAAAUUCGGACAGAAUGGACAUCGUGCUCCGUGCCAUGUGGAGUGGGUCAGAAGACACGAGAUGUGAAGUGUGUCAGCAAUCUUGGAGAUGUCGUUGAUGAUGAAGAAUGUAACAUGAAGCUGCGCCCAAACGAUAUCGAGAACUGUGAUAUGGGGCCUUGCGCAAAAAGCUGGUUUCUUACAGAAUGGAGCGACCGGUGCUCAGCCGAAUGUGGCUCUGGUGUCCGGACACGCUCCGUCAUAUGCAUGACCAACCACAUCAGCAGUUUACCACUGGAGGGCUGCGGACACAACAGACCAGCAGAGACCACACCCUGUGACAAUGGGCCAUGUUUGGGGAAAGUGGAAUGGUUUGCUGGAAGCUGGAGCCAGUGCUCCAUUGAAUGUGGCCGUGGAACUCAGCAGAGAGAAGUGAUUUGUAUCCGAAAAACGGAAAGCAGCUUUGACCUGCUGAGUCCUGAGGAGUGCUCAUUUCUGGAGACACCUCCCAACCAGCAGACCUGCUACCUCAAGCCUUGCGGCGCUAAAUGGUUUAGCACCGAAUGGAGCACGUGCUCAAAGUCCUGCGAAGGCGGCUUCCGUGUCCGAGAGGUGCGAUGUCUCUCUGAUGAAAUGACGCCGAGCAGCAGAUGUGACUCCCAGCUUAAACCUGAAGAGAAGGAGCAAUGCAACACUCAAGACUGCAUACCCGAAAUAGAUGAAACCUGCAAAGACAAAUAUUACAACUGCAAUGUUGUCGUGCAAGCCCGGCUGUGUGUCUACACAUAUUACAAAACAGCGUGUUGCGCUUCGUGCUUGAGAGUGGCCAACAGGCAGUCUGGGUUUCUGGGGCGCAGAUAACCACGGCUCCAUCACUGGCAUCGCUGGACUUCUGCCCAGUCAUUUGUGGCUGCUUGGACUGAAACAGAGUCUACCUUUUAAAAAGAGAGGUUUCCCUUACUGGUGCACCCCUUGAGGGUGUGCAUGCUUCUGUGAUAUCACUAGCACACUGUAUAGGGACCCUUUUGGAAAUGUACACUGUAAAACUGGGUUUUUCCAAACAUCAUUAAGCACAGCCAAGCAAAAGCCCAUCUUGGGAGAUGUAAGGAACUGUCUCAGGCAGAGUCAACUAAUAAUCCAUGCAGGGACACUAGGGGUCAACGAAGGCAGCAGUCCUGUGCCUGGAAGGAAGCCCCGUUGAACUCAGCAGAACUUACUUCCAAUGCAUAGGAUUGUACUGAGAAAACCCCAGAACAUUGAGCUUGACUGGCAUCAAACUCUCCCUCAGGACCAUUCUCCUUUACAUAAUACUUCUAUGACACCUAAUAAAAAUGUUGGAAACUUUGCUAGUAUCAAGGCAAAGCUUCUUGUUCCUGCUUGGACAUAAUAAAUGAUUCCCACCAGGAUGAAACCAGGGAUGGCAUUUUCUUAAAAAAACCCCAGUUCUGCUUAAAAAAUGAGCUAUGCUCACACAUCAUGUUCAUUAUUCUAAUAAAUGAUUAUAUGCAUUAUUAUAUGUAUGAUUUUCUAUACAUAUACACUCCAGGUUUCCCAAAGCAACCAGCUCUCAAACAGAUACAUACAAGAAUGCAUAUAACUAUACAGAAAUACUUUUGUAUUAGUGCUUAUAAAAUUAUGCUGCAGUAAUAAAGUGCCACAUUGGGGCUUGACACUUUUAUAUGUAUAAUACAUGUAUUUUAAAAUUUUGCACAUAAUUUUGCAUAUAAAAUUACAUAUAACCAGUCAGGCCUUUUUUGUAAUAAAUAAAUAAAUUAAAACAUCCCCAAAACCACAGCAUUGCAUAAAGGGCAGACGGGCAGUGCUGCCCCAGUUCCCUCAAAGGAUCCAGCCCACAAUGCUAUAAGCGCAACAUACAUAUUUCUCUCUCUUCAACCACUUCCCCUUUCUUUUUAGUAGUUUACAUCAUUCCUGAGGAAAGCUCUGAAAUUUGAAGGCUAGCUCAUUGUUUGUGACACAUACACACUGUUGGUCCCAAUAAUGGUGAUUAUGUUGCUGCCCUUGUUCAGGGUCCCCUGCCCCAUGGAUGAACACAGCAGCCUACCUUUGUGUCGCUUUCUUUGUCAGUGUUGGCAAAUGCCAAUAGUUGUUGAAUACUGGCUAUCUUGAUGUGUGGCAAAGUCAAAAAGGAUGCACCCGACCAAUUUCAUGAUGGCAGCGAUUACUAGACGGUCCCCCUCCACUACAAUUAAUCUGUCCUGUGAUCACUUAAAAAUAAACUCAGAAAGCCACCUUAUACCAGGUCAGACUCUUUCUCCACCCAGCACAUCCAUUGCCUUCUCUGGCCGGCAGCUAAGGUGGCCACAUUCUCUGCUUUUCAGAGGACCAGCCUCUGUUUGAAAUCCGGUUUAACGAUGGCCAUCAGAAGGGAGAGGACAUGGGGCAUCCAAGUUGCCCAUCGACACCCAGUCAGGUGACUAAGCAAACACACAGGCCCCCUGGUCGCUGUCCCUAGUAUGAUGGGAUGUAUUGUGUUUCUAUUUAAAUUAUAGUAAUUGUUUCUAAAUCUGCAUCUAUACAUACAGAUAAAUCAGCAUAUAAAGUUAUUAUACAAAUUUGUCUCGUCUUUUGGGAUGAUGCAUUUGAUGACAUUCAACCUGUGCAUUUACUUUUAAUGCUCCGCACCUCAGGUGGCCUCCUUCUGAGUCAGGGGUCACCAACACAGUGCCCACAGGCAGCAGUGUGCUGGCCAAUACCUCCUAUGGUGCCUGCAAAAGGUCUCAGUAUAUAUCCUCUCAAAAAUCCACAUUGCAUGAGAAAAUGUUCGUUCUUCAUAGUCAGUACCUGUUUGCAUUGACUCAGCCUGUCCUGCAUUGAGCUUGCCCCCCACAACCCCCACAACCAUACCCACAUUUCAUUGGAUGCUAGCAAUGGACACCCAUCCUCUUCCAAUCCAUUCUCCACCCAGAAGAAUCACUAAGAACUUCUCUUUGCAUGUGAGAACAGUGAAGCAGGUGCCUUUUUCUCACUGAUCAGGGGCCAUGUUGUGGUCCCAACUCAUUUUCUGCUCUUUUGGAAGUGCCAGGAAUUUUGUUUUAUUCCACCCCUAUCCCCACAUGGCAGCCAUUUUGUCAUUGCUUCUCAAGAGUGUUCUCAUCCAUUUUGUUGCCUGAGGCAAAGGACAAGAUAGUGCAUUCUCCACUCUGUGCGCAAAAUCUGGCUUGACUGGAAGUUGUAUCGUCCUUCCUUCCUAGUGAUUCGAGCUUCAUUUAGCUGGCCACCCACCCAACAUUUGACUCAUCAUUCAUUUUAUCUUAGCCGUCUUAAAAGACAAACACCAUUAGGACUGAAGAGCAGGGGAAGGUUGUAUUGUAAGGACCCAGACCCCAACAGUCCUGAAGAAUGUUCCCCACAUGAGUACCCCAGCUGAUCUGUAGUAAAUAAGCAUGUGCUUUAAACAUUCUUUUUUCUGAUCUACAUUCCUUUCUUUGGUGAUGUGGCCACUGUAAGCCAUCACAGCUAGAGCAACCUACAUAUUUCAUGUGUAAUACUAGUAAAAGGGUAAACAACAUGGUGGCCUCCAACUCCCAUUAUCCCUGUCCAUUGGCCAUGCAUUGGCUGUGGCUGAUAGGAGUUGUAAUCUAAAACAUCUGGAGGGCACCCCUUGUGGACCACCUCGGCUCAAGUGCAUGACGUACCCCUCUUCCUUUUGCUGCUGUUCAGUAAUACUCAUUUCUUCCUAUUAGCAGUGAUGGGAAAGAGUGUUUAGAGGUCUGUAUUCAAUGUUCAGACAUGCCCAUGACAGAACCAGUGUGCUGUAGGUCAAUGUGGUGUCCACCAGAUGACUGUUGAAAUUCAACAU